AUUUGUGAUUAUUAUAUGUCGAAAAAUUAUUGAUUUUUAUUAUUUAGCUUGCAUUCCAUUGUCCUAAUUUUUGUUUCAAUUAUAUUUUCCUACCCUUACAUCUCAAGAUCUUUGGCAAUUUACCAAAAUACUUCAAAACAAAAAAAACAUAUUGGCAACAGCUUUAGUCGGCGAACAUACACUAAGCAAAACCGAAGUUGACAUUUACCAUCUGGAAAUCGUGUGAGGUUAAAUUAACGCUGCAGUUGUACUUCUCCGUGAAAAUUUAAAAAUUUAAAAAUUUUCGUAAUGAGUAAUUUAACAAAAUCCGUACUUCGUUUCGGCAACAGUUUGAUUGCUGCCAACUCAAAGAACGCAUUGAAAAAUGUUUUCGGUAAACGUGACUUCACUCGCACACUCUGGCACAUGUGCAAGAAUCCAGAAACUUCUGGUGCAACCACCAAUGUUCUGAAUGUGCACAAGCCCAGCUUAAGCUGCAGCUGCGGUUGCGGUGGAGUAAAGCACUUGCACACCAAAGGCGAAAGGGAACUAGUGGAAUUCCUGACUGAAGAAAUAUUGGCGGAACGCAAAGCGCAAAAGAUCAAAUCCAUUCCCACCACCUUAGAGGGAUUCAAUGUUAAGCUGGAUGGCGCCGAUGUUGAGUUAACCAAGAUGAGUGAUAAGGAAAAAAUUGUCAUUAACUUCAACGUCAACCACACUGUGGAUACUGAAGACGAACCCGAGUUGGACCCCAAUGCGGAAAAGGCUGAAAUCGGUGAGAUGAGCAGUAAACCGCGUUUUGAAAUUGACAUCGUUAAGGGCAACAUAACUCUUUCAUUCACAUGCUCCUUCUUAGAAGGUACCCCACAAGAGGGCGAAUACAAUGACAUUUUUGGCAUUGAUGAGAUGUGUAUCUACCAAGGUGAAUGGAACGAUAAGGUUUAUGCCGUGGCCGGUGAUGUACUCGAUGGCUACCUAUAUGACUUGCUGAUGAAUCUCUUGGAAGAGAAAGGUGUUAGCAAUGAAUUCGUUGAAAAACUCUCAGAUUUGGCUACUGCUUUUGAGCACACAUCAUACAUCGGUUUGUUGGAAAGCCUCUCGAAGUUUACUUCCGGCAAAUAAAUGCUGUAUCCCUGCCAAUAAAUGCUACACAGCGUUUAAUUGCCAGUUUUUACAUACCUAAGUGACAUAUAAUUUACGCUUAAAGUUUAAGAACUAAUCACAUGAAGUGCAAAUCGAAAAAACAAACCAUAUUUAAUUUUCUGGAAACUGCAAGUUCGAGUUAUGUAACUGUUAUCGCGACAUUGUAGAUCUUAAAUGUUUGCCAAUUUUUUUUUGGCCUAAUACAAUUUUUAAGUAUUGUUGAAUUGUUUUCCUUUUUUUAAAAAAUUGAUUUCUAUCAGAGCUGUUUCCAUAAUUUAUAAAAUUAAUGUGUGAAGUUACGAUGCGCACUGAAAAUAAUUUGACUAUAAAAAAUAUCUUUAUUUGUAAAGAAAAUACAGAAAGAAUUAAAAAAUAUAUUUACAACAAGAAGAAAA